GCCGUGUCUAUUGAGAAGUUAUUCAUUUCUCAUUUUACUAAACUUACCUCCUUGAUCAUGGGGCGAAACCUUGUUGCUGUUCUCUUUGGAGCUGUCCCUGUUUUGGGCCUAUCAUCUCUGGACACCUUUUACCCGCCCACUCUUAACGAAACUUCAUACAUCUCAAAUAGCUCAAUUGGAACCUACGGUGGAAUCUAUAAGGCUCCUACAACGGGUCCAACGGAUGGCUCUCCGUAUGGCACAUAUGACUAUUGCUCUAUGCCACACCCCCGCACUCAAGAGUACAAGUUGCCCGGCCCCAUUGCCAAUGGCUCUGUGAAGGGAAACCUUGUUUACCUCGAGUACAUUCAACGCCACCAGCGUCGCUCUCCUUACAACAUCCUUCCAGGUGGAGAGAAUCAACCUUAUGAAUGCGACAAUGUCCGGCCUUAUCUAUAUGCAGGCCCGAACAGUGAGAGUGGCAUCCAGCCGAUCCCUAUGUACGCUCAAACGUACCGGGACCCGACUAAUCCUUUCACGGCUGAGGUGAAUGGUACAUGCCAGUACCCCCAAAUCACUAUCGGCGGUGUUCAAGACGGCUAUCAGCAUGGCAAAGACCUCAUGAAUGUAUACGGCGAAAAGCUUGGUCUCAUUCCCAAGAAGCCAAAUAACCGCGUCUGGUUCCGGUCCAGUGAAUCUGCUCUAACUCAGGCCUCUGCUGGUGCCGUUCUCCGAGGCAUCUGGCCUAAAUACGACGGCGCUUUGCCUCUGCACCAAAUGGUUUCUUCCGUUGAUACUGUCAAUGCGGGCUAUUCCUGCGAUGCUAUCAGCUCUACUCUAAGCGAAAUUAAGUCCACAUCGGACUGGAAUGCGCAUUUGACUGUUACAGAGAAGUUGCGCUCCACCCUUGGCUCGAUGCUGGGUGCUACCUCAAGCUCGUGGCAAGAUACCUUUGACCACUUCUCUGAUAACUUCCAAGCCCGUCUGUGCAAUGGCUACGAGCUGCCAUGUAGUUUGAGUAAUUCGUCUGCAUGUGUGACCAGUGCCAUGGUCGAAGAGGUUUUCCGUGCUGGAGACUGGGAAUGGAACUACUAUUGGCGUACGAACCCAUACGUCGUCAAAUACAUCCAGGUCGUCGAGGGUCUUUUCAUCGGGGAGAUUCUUGCCCGCCUCCAGGCAGUACAGAAUGGAACCUCGUCUCUCGAUUACAGCCACGUCUUUGUUCAUGAUGGUGACAUUGGCCCAAUAUUGGGAUCGCUGGGUAUCAACGCUCUCCGCUGGCCUGCUAUGGCAUCUAAUAUCGCUUUCGAAAUCUGGAAAACUGAUGACGAGAGAGAUUCAUUUUAUGCCCGUGUUUUAUACAGUGGGCAGCCUGUGCAGACUAUUCAUGGAGAACUGGACUGGAUCAAUCUCUCAGAUUUGAUUCAAAUCAUGAGUCCAUACGUGCCUAACGAUAUUCAAUCACUAUGUGGGUAG